AUGCGAGCUGUCUUGAUGAGAACAAGGAAGGGGGCACCCUCGCUUCCUUCCAAUGGGUGCCGCUGCUCCCGCGGCCGCAACGCGUGCAAGGAUACGCCCGAGCUGCUCCUCCGCCUGCCAGCGCUGUCUACAUCUACCGCCGCCAGCGGCGGGGUGGGUAUUAGUGUCCGCAAGCGGAUGAUGCCGCUCAUCAAGCUCGUGCAUCCCGACAUGUUCGGACAGUAUCCUCCCGACGUGGCCAGCACUAACUCCAAGUCCUUGAAGCUCCGCCGGCAGCUAGACGGGCUCUUGCGACGGGCAUCGGUCGGCUACGACCACGGGAAUGCUGGCGGUGGUAACCAGGAGACAGAAGAUGAGCAAGCGAGGAGGGCGAUUGGGGACGGCGUGAGGGUGAGGGAGGGGGGAACGGAAGAAGCUUUCUACGGCGAGGCGUUCGGAGUGGGCAGAAGGAGGAGGAGGGGGGGGGCGCCUCGAGAUGGCAUUCGGACGGAACGGGCCUCCAGAACCACCAACCGGGACCAAGGGGAUGAGCCGACGAUUACCUCCGAGGAGCUUCGCAAACUCACCAUCGAGCACGCGGGGGACAACCACCAUGUCGACCCGUGGGACGCCGGCGCCGGUUCGGGUUUCUUCGGGGGAGGGCUCGGUGGCGGUGGGGGAAAGGGGGCGAGAAGGUUUGGCGGCGCCGAGGCUUCUUCGCAAGCGAGAUCUCGACGGGUGGACGAUCUCUUGCGGAGCGGCAGGGUGCAGUUUGCGGGCGUCCCGGUGUCCCGCGAGGCGGCAGCUCUGCUACGGCUACACCAGACCCUCGUCAAGCACUUCGAGCAUUUGGAGUUGCACGAUAGGGGGCUGUGGAGCACCGUCGUGCUGGUGCUGAGGGCAAGGUCGGAGAGCUACGAGGUCCAGGUGCACUCGGGCGGCCCUGUCCUCGUUUUCCCCGAGAAGUUCUCGGAGAGAAGCCUGGUUCGCUUCUUGUCGGAGGUGCUGCUGUCGUACACAUAG